GAUAUUAUUCUAAUGUAUCUGCCAAUCUAACGUCAUCAUCAUCUGAUCAUAACAAAGGAAAUCCCAGAAUAAAUAAGACGGAUUUACUCGCAUCUCGAAGAUAUGGCACUUAUAAUUUAAAUUGGCAUGAUUACGAUAAAUUAGGAUUUAAAAAUCUUCAAGGAGAUUCAAUAUCGAACCCUCCCUUUUUCUCCUCCUCUAGAAUAUCACAUAUCCCUCCUCCUUCUCCUUCUCAUCACCAUCAUCAUUCACUUGCUUCAUAUCCUUCUUCAUUAUAUCCUUCUCAUUCACAUCCUUCAUAUUCAUUUCAUUCAUCUACCCAUUCUACCCAUUCUACUCAUUUGUCUACUCAUUUACCUACUCGUUAUCAAUCAAAAAUAUCUUUAAAAAAUAAAAAUAAACCUAAAGUAGUUCCAUCCAAAAAUAAAAUAGAUCAAUCAAAAAAAUAG